GCACGAGGUCGAUUAACGUUUGUUUGUCUUUCUCUUAAUUCACACGUUGUUACGACAAUAUUAUCCUCGUAACGGUGCGCUAUAGUUUGUGAAGAAAAUUAGAGCGAUUUAGUCAGACAUCGUUUGGUCUCAUUAGUAUCGUCAAACUAGACGGGAUAUGUAUUGACGUUGGAAUUUUUUGACGAAUUUUAACAUCAAUGAACGUACGAAGAACCGAACGAACGUUUUCGUUUCGUGGAAAAAUUUGUCGUAAUGAAAGAACGAAAGAAAGAAAAUAAAAAAAAGAAUAUUAAAAAUUUCCCCCUUCAAUAAGACCAAUUGUUAUUUGGAAAAAGUGACGAUGCUCGAUCGAUUUAAUUUUUAUUUUAGCAGAAUUGCAACGCUGCUAAUUCUUUUUCUCUUUUUUUUUUUUUCUUUCGAUCUCUAUGUCGAAAUUGUUGAUUUAGAGUUUCAAAGCGAUUCGUAGAGAAUCCUUUGGACAAAAGUUUUCCCACCAGUUACUCGUGCCGUUACAGUUACGAGUCUAUAUGAGGUCCAGAAGUUAGGUGGCGUUGACCAUUCAUCCGUAGAAAUCAGGAACGAUGAUACCACGAAUUUUGGUCGCGUUCCUACUCCUUGAUUUGACGAUGACAUUUACAUUGACGUUACCGGAAAUAACGUCAUACGCGAAAGUAUCGAAGAAUGGUCAAGAAACGAAGAAUACCGGAAGCGGACCAUUUUCAUGGAUCACAAGGGCACUAACGCGAGCCAAUGUCUCCAGCAACGCCGAAAGCGAGGGUCGGAGUGUUAAGGACAUCGUUAUCACUGUGUCACCGAUUUACGUGCCAUCCAAAACUCCAAAAUUGAAAAACGGAGAAGUCAUCGAUCAUCCUUCGACAAAACGGUAUUCGACCAUAGACGAGGAUUUAUUGGCGAAGUUAGACUCGGCGAAAUCAAAAAUCAAGAUACAAGAAAGAUUUCAUCCGCCAGCUAGUUUCGAGCACAAAGCCAAACAACAACAAAUUCCAUCGAGUCCUCCGAUGUCUUCGUCGGUUGAUUCGAGUCCCGAUAAUCCGCCGAGUUCAAGUAUUUCAGGAUAUUCGAGGCCUGUAUACGUCGGGCCUUAUAAUUACAAAACGAGCGAUUACGACAAACCCAAAGAUUAUAUUAUCGAUAAUCCGAUCUCGAAACCAAUUGGAAUGGAUAAUUAUCCAUCUAUUAUAAACAACGAUAAACCGAUGAAUACGUACAAGGAUCAAAUGGAUUCUUUUCCAAAUCAUCAGAAUGACGAAAUGGAUUUUUCAAGUUUUCCUUCUGGAAAGUUUCCUUACGACGAUCAUUCACCAUCAAAACCGAUCGAAUUUGAUAGACCAAUCUUCGACGACGAUCAUUCACCAUCAAAACCGAUCGAAUUUGAUAGACCAACCUUCGACGACGAUCAUCCACCAUCAAAACCGAUCGAAUUUGAUAGACCAACCUUCGACGAUGAUAACGACGACGAUAGUUAUCCUCACGAUCACGAUCAUUAUCAUCAUCACGAAGUGAUCUAUGAUCAUUUACCGGAAUAUAUUCAUCAUCAUCACCAUCAUGAUCAUACCACUACUCCUGAACCUGAGAUGAACGAUCAACGACUCGAUAAAAGACCCUAUUCGUAUUAUUUCAUUGGGAAAAAGCUUUGGUACAUUCCGCUCUAUUUCAGCAUUUAUUUUGUCGUUUACAUAGCGGCAUUAGUAUUGAAGAGUAUUGCCAGACAUAAGAUCACUUUUCCCACUCAUCUAGCUGAGGCUAUUGGACACGGUAGAAUGAACGGCAAUGACAUUGGCUGGUGGGAUCUCACGAAUCGUGUUUUAACUGGAAUCGAACAUUUUGCAGAAAGAUUUGGAAAAGGAUCGUAAUUUUUAAUUUUCAUGGUACCUUUG